UUCUGCUGUUUCUCUUCGUCAUAAUGGCCGAUGUUCAGACAGCGGUUUCCCUUUGCUCACAACCUUGGCACAGGCCCUUGUACAUCUACCAGGGGUUAGCAUGCAACCCGCUGAUGGCUGACUUCUGGUCCGACAGAACUCCUCUCCAUGAAGCCGCCUACCAAGGGAGGCUGCUACACCUGAGAAGCCUCAUCCUUCAGGGCUUCCACGUAGACACGCUCACCCUGGACAGAGUCUCUCCUCUCCACGAGGCGUGCCUUGGGGGCCGUUAUGCUUGUGCUAAGUUCCUGCUGGAGAAUGGUGCAAAUGUUGAGACAGUAUCAACAGAUGGCGCCACACCUCUGUUCAACUCUUGCAGCAGCGGCAGUGCUGCUUGUGUCAAGCUCAUAUUGCAGCACGGGGCCUCUACCCACACCCCCUGCCAGCUGGCCUCCCCCAUCCACGAAGCCGCCAAGAAAGGUCACAGAGAGUGUGUGGAGCUGCUGCUGUCCUAUGGAGCCCACAUCGACGUGGAGUCGCCUGUGGUAGGGACGCCGCUGUAUUCUGCCUGCAUGGCCCGGGCCGCAGCCUGCGUUGGGCUGCUGCUACAGUCAGGAGCGGAUGUUCGUAUUGGGUGUGGUCAGGACAGUCCUCUGCAUGCGGCGGUCCAAGCAGGGGGAGCCGACGUGGUGGAUCUCCUGCUGGACUUUGGGGCUGAUGAGUGUCGCAGGAACUCAGAGGGAAAGACUCCUCUGGAUCUGUCUUCGCCAAACAGCGCAGUGAGAGAAGCACUACAGAAAAAAGGUCCCCGCUCUCUGUGUCAGCUCUGUCGGUUGUGUAUUCGCCGGAGCCUGGGAAGAAGUCGCCUCCACAGAGUCACUGGGCUCCUCCUCCCUCACAGUGUGACGGACUUUCUCCUCUACAAAUGAUCCAUCUCUGCUACCGAGGCUCCCUCUGUGCCGCAUAUACUGUGCUGUCCUUCAAGUGGAAAGAAGGUGUUUAACCCGAGAGAACGCGACUUAGAUAAAAGCAUUUUGAGUUCCAAAACAUUCAUAUUGCUGUAACUUUGAUGUAUCAGCUUUUAUAUUUUAUACUUUUAAUGACGUCCUUUGCCAUUUGUGUCCAUGUACUUUUUAUCAUUAAAAAAUGUUCCCAUGGCAACACGUCUGUUUGCAGGUUUUGCAUAGUGAGAUAAUAAUAACUAAUUAU